GUUGUUGACAACAAGUGAAGGAGGAAGAUGAAGAGGAGGAUGAUGGAGGAUGAUUAUUGUGACUCUCUCUCUCCUCCAGGGAAGCCGAGCAAGACAGAUGAGGAAUGAAGGAGAAGCUUGUAGACGAUGUCUUUAAUCCGCAUCAGAGGUCGCACCAUUCUUGCCCCAAUUCUUAGUGAAGAAGAGCGGGUGGAGGCCCGAGCACUACGCGACCAGGCAGUACAAUUCCAGCACGAACGACAGCGGUUACAGAAGCAACAAGCUCCACGCUGCACAAACUGCCACCAUCAACUAAACAACCAUCAUAAUACAUGGGUUUGUGAUUCAUGCAGUAGUAGUCGUGAUCAUCCAAGCAGUGGUAGUGAGAAAGUAUUGAGUGGCUGCAGGACUCAUGGCAGUACUCUGGCAUCACCAUCAAUGACUCAGAGUAGACAACGGGAGGGCCCACCAGAGACAUCGUCCUCGUCGGGCCCCAGCAGUCAUGGGAGCGGAGAACCAAUGUCUGAGGGACCAGAGGAUUCACCCAGUGCAGCCAAUGUGUCUGUUCAAACUGAUUCGUCAGUGUCGCUAACUGCGAGCACAGAUUUACGCUCCUACCUCAAUACUUCCCUUGACAAUUCCCUCGACACCUCCAUUAGUGCCUCACAUGAUACCUGGCACCAGUCAUCCUCACUGGCUGAAGUUGAUGAAGCUCUUCUGCUGAGUGCCUCCCCAGAGGUGGCCACUAGCCUCAUUCUUGGACGCCUCCACCCGUCUGCCGUCCUCCAUCCCUCCACCACUGUAGUGCGGUCUUCUCAGGCUGACUCUCAGCACACGGAGACAGCAAGCUCUACCUUAAUGCAAGUUCAGCGAGUAUCAGAACAUCUUGCAACUUCGGAAAAUCAUGAUACGACCACCACAGCCUCUCUGAGUCUCAGCUUUGCUUCUGUUUCAGAGGAAGGAGGUGAAGGGUCUGGAGAUGGACUAGAUGUGUCUGAAGAAAUAUUAGAAGUGUCUGAGGAGGCUAUAUAUGUUUCAGAGGAUGACCGAGCAGGGAGUUCACCUAGGGAAGUGGUGUCUGACACUCAUAAAGAUGACCAUGAAGGACACAGUAGCCAUAGGAGACCGAGCAAAAGUUGUAAAACAAACACUGAUGUUGGAAAAACAGUGAGGGAUGCAGGCACAAGAGAGACCACCAAUACAGGAGUGAAGGAAAUCCGUGAUGGAUCAGUGAGGGAUAAGAGAGAUCCAUCCUGGAUGUUACAGUGGGACUCUGGUCGUAGCAGCAGUCAUAGUGACUAUCUAGACGACUAUCUGGAGCUGCUGACAAGCAGGUGCAACAGUGGUCUUGGAUUGGAAUCUAAUGUGCUCUCUGUGGCAACUUGUAAAGGUCCUUCACCAGUCACCACCAGUACUGCAACCUCUAAAGUCACAAGCACAAGUGGCUCAGAGACGUCUAAUAGUGGAAAUUUCUCCACUGCUUCAGGAGUAAAUGUUGCUGGUAAGCAAAAAGAAAAGAAAUGUGAGAAGUCAGAAGGUGGACAUGAAAAGGAAGUAUGCCAGGGAAAAGAGGGAGGAAAGACAGACACUAAAGAGCAUAUUAAGGAGAAAAGAAGCCCUAGGGAACUUCAGAGAACAAGAGAGGCGCUUGCAGAACCCCGGUCAAUGUCAGCAGCUUCAGAGCGUAGGGUGAGCAGGAGGAGUAGGGCCCGAAGAUGGUCAUCAGCACAGCCGCUGGACCCAGGACGCAGUGUGGGCAGCAAGUACCUUGAUAGCUACUUGGGCAACUUAACAGACGAUGCGUGGCUGCAGUAUCCUACUAGACUGACCUCCCGUCAUAUGGUGUUCCUGGACUCUGAUGACUACAUGCACUCUGUCAGACCACAGACUAAGAAGACUCAAGAGGAAGGAUCGGACUCCAGGAACCGCUCGGAGAGUUCGACAUCAGAGGAAACGAGAGAACCUGACACUUCUAUUACUUCAUCAGAUGACCCUCUUUCUAAUAUUAAUGAUGAAAAUAGUUCUUCAGAUCUCUCAAUAAAUCCUUCUGUUAAAGACAGAAAGGCAGUAACAAGUAAACAACAUAUUGUUAAAGAAAGUCAGUCAGCAGAAGCACAAGGCAUGACAUGGUCUCAGAAUUUGGAUCUUGAUAAUAAAAAGAUUGCAAGUCAUUCAUUACCAAAUGAAUCUUACCAGGAUCAGGAGGCAACAAUGGAUAUGUCCUUAGGAAGUCAGGUUUUACAAGAGAAUGGCUUACAUGAAGCCCCUGAAACACCAUCUGAUAAGACGGAAAAUAAAGUUAGUAGCGAUGAAGGGAUUGAGGUUCUUGGAAGCCCAUUAAGCACAGGAUCAGAUGGAAAGCGCGAUGAUGGCAUUGGAUCCAAAACCUUCAUUAAGGAAAUUAAACAGAUUCAAGUAAUUCCUCCAACCCCGAGCGAGUCUGAAAAAUUUAUUUCCGAUGAAAACAGAAGUGAAGUGGAGAGCACAGUCUCAGCAUUAAAAGUUGAGGAAGUUUCAGGCUGUGCUGAGCGUAGUGAGGAGUGUCAGGAUAGUUCUUCAGAAGACAGUAGUGAAACAGAACCCAGCACUAUUGUUUAUGUUGAUGACUGCCCUACUGAUAGCCUAAGUGAAGGACAGAAAAACUCUCUGGUUGAUAGUGAAGUUAGAAAUAAAACUCAAGUAGACACCAAGGAACAGAUUAGUUCUCUGACAGAUAGCAAAGAACAGAGUAGUUUACAGGAGGAUGAUAUAGAAGCAAGCAGCUGUGAUAUACAGGGAAAGGAAAGAAAAGUGAGUGGGAGUGAAACAGUUUUGGUACCUAAAAAAGUUGCCUCACCACGUAAGGACAAUGAAAAAACAUCAGAGAUAGUAGAGCAUCAACUUUCAAGUUCAGUUGUUCAGCUUGUUACUGUAUCAGAACAUACCGAGGAAAUUGGAGAACGUGGAACAAGAAAAACCUUGGUGACGUGUACUCAAAGACUUGAUGAUAAUAGCCAGGAUAAGGACAAAGUUUUAGAGUAUGACAUGUAUGAUUCAGAUGAUGAAUGCUUGGUAGUGCAAGUGUAUGAAGAUAAGAAUAUUAUCUCUCAAGGUGAGACAGGAAGUGAAGUUGCUAAAUGGGAAAGAAAGGAGAGUACAGAAUCUGAUCAAGUUGAGCAAGUAGUAAAAAUUGUUCCACAAAGAAAGGACAGGUUAAAAUACAAUAGAGAUAGCAGCUGUGAUGUGGAUCUUGUACCAUAUAAAGGUUCGGAAGAUGCCAUGGAUCAGGUUUUGACUUUACUUAGAGCUAAACAGCAGCAGGAGUUAGAGGAGCUGCGCCUACGGCAGGAAGAGGAAGUUCGAGAGUUCAUUAGGCAGCUGCAGUGUGUAUCCCCUGAGCAAUUGCAAGCAUUCCUCCUUGCAAGCAGUGGUAAAAGUGCAGAUGGCAAUGUUGGGGAUGCUUGCUCAUAUCAGAUGCCUCAGAAUAUUCUCAAGACCAAAACUCUUAGAUCAGAUAUUGAAAAUGAUGAAGUAAAAGGUGGCAAUAGGCAGCAGGGCCCAAAAAUAAGCAUUGCAUCAUACAAAGAGGCAUCUGUUCCCGAUGAGAGUGAUGAUAAAGUAGUUUUGAAUUCACAGAUCUCAAUUGCAAGUGUUGAUAGUGUUGAGGUAGUUUCUCCAACCAUUCCAGGCCAGGCCAGAGAAUGGGGAAGUCAGUCAGGUUCAUCACCUACAGCCACACAUCCAUUAGUUACACAGUCGUGUUCCUCCUCUCAUCAGUCUGUCUCUCAUAUUCCCAUGCAGACUUUCACAUCAAGCACUACCCCUCCUCCCACAGCUAAUGAAAAAACUAGGGUAGAAUCUCCAAAACCCCGACCAUCCAACCACACCAACCUCAUGCCCUCUUACAUUAUGAAUGAAGAAGCCAGAAAAUCUUCAGGACACCAGGAAAAUGAAAACUAUAUACAACAUGAUUUAAGUUAUCAAAAUAUUAGUCCAAAGAAAUUCAUACCUCAUAUGUCGUGUGGUCCUCAUCACAUACCACAUUCGGGUACUUCAGUAAGUGAUUCUGAUAGCAGUAAUGUUGCAUAUUCUCUAGCCAGAAAUAACAAUUCUAAUCUUGAAUCUGUUGACUCUGUGAGUUUCAUUAAUGGAAAUUGUGUAAAUUAUGGUGAUGGAAUGCAGUACUAUAGAUUGUGUACACCUGAUGAAGAUCUCACCAUUGAUGACAUUACUCCGAAAAUCACAGUUGUUGAAUCAAGUUACCAGUCACAGCCCACAGAGACAGUUACCCAACCUGGAUUGUUUAAAGUAUUGAGUAAUGGCCCAUGGUGUGCCCCACGGCCUACCAGCAUCACCAGUCUCUUAGCAGAGCAUCCAGAGAUCUUCAGAGAAGACAUAGUAGAAGUUAACCUUGGAGACUGGCCACCAUCAAGUGUGGGACUUGGGGAAUCCUGCAGAAAUGUAGUGGAUGAAUGUAGUAUGUCCCGUGAGGCAGCUGCCAUAGCUGAAGGGGGACUUGACAUGGUUCCUGAGCGAGAAUGUGCCACCAAUGUCCACUUCCAUCGUCUGGUUAGUCUAAAAGGUUUUGUUAAUUUUAUUUUUUUUCCCUCAACAGCUGUCUCCCUCCAGGGCAAGGUGACUGGAAAAGAAGCCACAUUUGCUAUCAUUCAAACAAGUUUUGAAGAAUUAAAUGGAUUGUCUCAUUUAGCAAAUGAAUACGUUAAUUUUCAGGAGGGAAUGGCUCGAGAAAGGAUUCGUAAAGUGUUUUUUGUGUUAGGGAUUCAAGAACAAAUGUCUCUCAUUCGUCGAGAUCGACAGCUGUGGCAAAUGGAGCAAGCAAAACAGAGCUCUACUAACUAUCGUUCUUCACCAACACAUACUAGCUCGUCUAAGUAUAAGAGCAGAAAUGUUGAGGAGCGCCCACGAUCAACGAUGGCAACAAAGCUGCCAGCAGCAAAGAGACCUUCUCCGACUGGACAGAAACCACAGCAGGAUGUCAAAACUCGCACUGGGUCUCUGAGAGGCAGAACACCUCGGUUGGUUCAGCCAUCAGUCACUCAUCAUCCGUCACCAUCACAUACUGUCCACAUGUCGGGUGUACAUGCAGACCAUAAACACUCCCCCAGAGUGAGCAAACUUCCAGUUCAAAUGGAAAGAUCCUCACUGCACAUUGAGAGUGUACCUUCUCAUUAUAAUAAGUCAUCCUUGCAUGUUAAAUCCCCUCAAGAAACAAGAUACGGCUUAAUACCCAGCAGCAGGUGUGCAUCACACCCACGCAGCAGCAGCGCCUCUCAAUUGCCCAGUCGAACUGGAUCGCGACAAAGCUCCCGAACAUCCAGUCAUGUGCCCAGUGUGACUCGAAGUAUGAGCUGCACUGCCAGAAGUGCAACACACACUAACAGCCCACGAAAAGCUGUGAAGAUGGGACAUGCGCCUCCGUUGGCCUUCACACCUCUGCAAUUUGGAAUACGCAGGGUAAACACUAGCCUUGUAUCAUGGUGUGGGAGUGCGCAGCAUGCAUUGCACUGCGAAACUAUCACCUCUUUCUACACACAAUAUACACUAUGAAUUGCUGAUACCUUGGCUCUGUGGCUGGUGCCAACUUGUCCUAAGACAAGUUUUGCCUGACAUUCAAAUAAUCUUGGUAUUGUUGCCAGUAUGUUUGCUGCCACAGGAGAGACAAUAUAAUUAGCACCAGAUGCAUGAUAAAUAGCACUGGCACAAUUCACAUAAUUUGUAUGAUUCAGGGACAACAUUUUUUGCCUUAGCUUUUCUUUAUACUCAGCAUAGUUCUGAUGACUUUUCAACAUCUUUCUUUUGGUACAUUUUAUUACUGUACACAAUACUUAAUGCUUGUGUAUUGGCAGUAUAAUGUGAUGUAUUUUCUUUUAAAAAUUACCAGGCAUAAGAUUAUUUUCUUCAAUGGGGUCACCCUGCCUUGGCAGGAGACAGCUAUGGAGUUUAAAAAAGUGAAUGUUUAGGUCAUGCAAACCAGGAGGAGUAUAUAUUAUUUAUUUAUGAAAAUUCUAGGCAGCCUUGGAAUUAUCUCCCUCCACACACUUAGUCUGCUAUGAUUUAUAAACUGUUUUCUUGUCAUUCAUUAUUGAGUCGUCAGAGAGCUGUAUUGCACUCUGUUGGGACUGACUGACCCACACCUUCAUUUUAAAUACAGUAUAAACUUUCUCAGACAAGGCCAUCUUAACAAAGGUAGAGGUGCUAUUUUCAUUGGAAAAUUUAGCCUAUCUAUAUUAUGUAACUGCAUUGAGACACAAUAUUGCUUUUUUACUAGUCUUGAGUGAUAUCAAACUUUUUAUGGCUAACUUCACCUUUUAAAUGUUAACCUGUGAGAACAUUGCCACCUCUGGAUUUUUUCUGUGGAAAAAAGUUAAAAAUUGUAGUAAUAAACUUGUACAAGCAAUGUAUUUUGUAAUGCUGUGACUUAGUCACAGACAAAUAAAAUCUCACAUAGCACUCAGAUAUGUUUCAAUGUAUAGUGAAUAAGAAGUAAGAUCAUGCCAGAAAAAACUCAGAUGUUUGCAAAAUGUUCAUAUAUAUCAUAUGUUUAACCUUUCUCUCAAAAGUAAGAACCAAUUAAGUUAACCAUUUCAUCAUGUUAGAGGUUGUUGUUUAUGCUGGGGACUUAGUGUGAAUGACACUAGGAGCAAUUCUAUUAUUUUCCACUGCUUCAUACAUUUAUAUUUACUGUCUUCAUCAAAACUUAAAAUAUAUUAACCAUAGAUAUUAUCAGUGGUAUCAUGUUCAUUGCAGUUUUGUAUAAUUUUAUACAAUGAAGCCAAUAUUCUCUGCUUAUGAAGCAUUAUGUCUUGUCUUGAUCUAUUUGUCAAGUUUCAGGUGUUCAGACAUAUGCUUCUGUAUGUUUUGCAAUAUACCUGAUUUGUUUGAUAGUCCUCAUCAGAACAUAUUAUGUGCUAUAUAUCUAUAUAUAUAUACAGUAGGAUCCGUGUAUCCAUGAGGGAUACAUUCCAAGGACCUGCCGUGGAUACCCAAACUGCGGAUAGUAGCAAACCCUAUAUAUAAGUCCUAUAUGUACCUGUUAUAAAGUUUAAUUGAUAAACUGUGCACAAUAAGUGGAGAAUUAUCAGUUUUUCACUGAUGGAAAGCACUUCACGGCUCCUCUUAGGCUUUGAAGAACUAUUAGCUUCUUUACUUUUGCACUUUGGGUCCAUUAUUAUGCAAAAUUAAGAGUUAUUUUUGGGCCACAGUAAACUGUGGAUAACUGAAACCGCGGAUAGCAGAUCAUUGGAUACGGGAGUGCUACUGUAUACAUAGAGGAACAUCUAAACUGUGUGGCUCUGGCAAGAGAGUGAUAGUAUAAAUGACGGUGAAUGUGUGUGUUUUCAGGGUCACCC